AUGAGCGCAAAGCCUCAAGAGACCACAAGCAGCACGAAUGAAGUCAAAGAAACACGUGAGCUUUUCCGUACGACUGAAUUACUUUCUACUUGUCAGGCCAUGAAGAUGCAGCUUGAAGGAAGAUUGGGUUCCGAUGCUUCUGAAUUUUUCUAUUUUGCUUGUAUGGAGGCUUUGCCCGGAAUUCGGGAACAGGAGCCAACCUUUGAAAGUAAUCUGCAAACAACACAGGUGAACAGCAACAAUAACAACAGGAAGGCUUCUUGUUUGUCAAAAUUGGAUAUUAUCGAAAGAACAAGAGAACAAAAUUGGAAUCCACAAGAUCCAGAUCUUGUUUCAACUUGGACCUAUAAUCCUCGCUUUUUGUUUGAUGAAAAUUGGUCUCAAAAAACCUUUGCUGAUAUGAGCGAUUGUUUUGCAUCGGAUAGUACUCUUGUUCAAAGAGUUCAAAUGAAACACAGAUUGUUGGGCUCACUGGCGGAGGGAGGAAUUCAAAAACUCAUGCCAUCAUUUGCCAGUAAAUUGAGAGAAUUGAAGAUGGCCAACGGAGGACAAGUUAAGGACAUUUCUUCCACAUCGGAGGCCACUCAUCUUUUUGAAAAUUAUUCAAAAGAGUCGAAAGACCAAUUUAUUGCUUGUCUGAAAGCACAAACAAACACCAUUCAAGCCAAAGACGAUGAAUACAAGGUUGCUAUUGCCAUGGACAGAUGUAGUGCAACCAGUUUUGAAAAUUUCUUUAAGGGAAUGGUUUUAUCUUGUCAUAAAUCCAUCACUGAGUGUGUUGAGAAAAAUAGUAGAAAGGAAGAACUUUGGAGAAUGACAAUGUUUUUGGAGUGUUGGCUUGUGUUACAGAUCUACAACAACAACUUGCCAAUGAUGGAUGUGCUAAAUUUGCCAUGGACUAUAUCGACCAGCUCUCAAGAGAUACUUUGA